GGGGCUGACCAAUUGUCAGUUGCUGGUUCUCGUGAAGAGCCCUCUAAAUAAAAAUAAAAAUAAAAAAAGAAGCACGUACUUACCAAAAAGGAAACAAUUUGAGCUCCGCUCAGAAGCGUGGCGCAGACGAGCGCUUCGGUCGUUGACCGAGUCCAGCAUUCGACCAAGUCGUUGCUGCCGGUGUCCUCUGCUCUUCCUUUCAUCCUAGUCUUCGUUAUGGUUCGUAUAAUUAUCAAAGGAGGUGUUUGGAAAAACACCGAAGAUGAGGUGCUCAAGGCGGCCAUUGCAAAGUACGGGAAGAACCAAUGGGCACGGAUAUCCUCGCUGCUCGUCCGGAAGACCCCGAAGCAAUGCAAAGCCCGGUGGUACGAAUGGCUCGACCCCUCCAUCAAGAAAACAGAAUGGUCCAAGACCGAGGACGAGAAGCUGUUGCACCUCGCCAAGCUCAUGCCCACGCAAUGGCGAACAAUAGCGCCGAUCGUUGGCCGCACCGCGACUCAGUGCCUCGAGCGGUAUCAGAAGCUGCUGGACGAGGCAGAGGCGAAGGAGAACGAGGAGCUUGGGUUGGCGGGACCGGGAGAUGAGGCGGGGCCGAGUGCAGACGACGUGCGGAGGCUGAGGCCGGGGGAGAUCGACCCUGACCCGGAGACGAAGCCUGCGCGGCCUGACCCCAUUGACAUGGACGAGGACGAGAAGGAGAUGUUGUCCGAAGCCCGUGCGCGUCUGGCCAACACGCAAGGUAAGAAGGCAAAGCGCAAAGCUCGCGAGCGUCAGUUGGAGGAGGCCCGACGGUUGGCUGUGCUGCAGAAGAAGCGAGAGCUGAAGGCAGCAGGAAUCAUCAUGCGUCAUAAGACCAAAAAGAAGGGUAUGGACUACAACGCGGACAUUCCGUUCGAGAAGAAGCCUGCCGCUGGUUUCUACGACACCGCUGAUGAACAAGCCCGUGAGACGACCGCACCUGUGGGCCAGAGCCUCCGCCGCCUUGAAGGCAAGCGCAAAGCGGACGACCAAGAGGAGGAGCGCCGGAAACGUCAACGUCAGGCGAAGGACAACAAGGAGGGUGGCAGCAACGCGCCACACCAAACAAAGUUCGUUGCGGCGCGAGACGCACAAAUUCAAAAGCUCAAGGAGGCCGAGUCGAUCGGGCGGAGACGCAAACUCGUGCUGCCGGCGGCGCAGGUGGGCGAGGCGGAGCUGGAGGACAUUGUGAAGAUUGGACAGGCAGGCGAGCAGGCGAAGGCGCUGGUUGCUGGUGGCAGCGAUGCAAGCAAUCGGUUGCUGAGCGAAUACGAAGGUCUGGAGAGGGCCCGGAUGGCUCGGACGCCCCGAACACAAGCGCAGCAUGACAAUGUCAUGUCCGAGGCGCGGAAUUUGCGCAACAUGAUGGCCGCCCAGACCCCACUGCUCGGCGACGAGAACACACCCAUCCACACCGACCCCACCGGGGGGACCGGCUUCGAGGGUGCAACGCCCCGGCACCAAGUGGCGUUCACGCCCAACCCUCUGGCGACGCCUAUACAUGCCGGGGGCGCAGAUAGCGCCGCAACACCACGAGAGGUAGUGGCUACGCCCGGGACCGCACUCAUGCGCACGCCGAUGCAAGACACGCUCGCCAUCAACGAGGGCCGGUACUCGUCCGCCGGGGACACGCCGCGGGACCAGCGGAUGCGCACGACGUCCGCGAAGCGCGCGCUCAAGGCGGGCUUCAUGGGCCUGCCGAAGCCGGAGAACAACUUCGAGCUGCUCGUGCCGGAUGAGGAGGAAACGGAGGAAGACGCUGAGGCACGUGCGCUCGCGGAGGAGGAUGCAGGCGACCGGGACGCACGGCUGAGGCAGCUGAGGGAAGAGGAGGAGAGGAAGGCCCUCGCGAGGAGGUCGCAGGCAGUACAGCGCGGGCUGCCCCGGCCCGCGAAUGUCGACGUCGAGCGGCUCCUGCAGGACUUGUCGCUCGACGAGGAGCCGAGUGAGGUCGCGGACGCGGAGAAGGUCGUGCACGAAGAGCUGGCGCAGCUCUUGCAGCACGAUGCGAUCGCGCACCCACUUCCAGGCACGGCGCACCCCGGAAGUACGCGGUCGGCGUACGAGAUGCCACCGGACGAGGCGAUGGGCAUUGCAAAGUCGGCUGUUCGGGACGAGCUUGCCGCGGCACUUGGGUACCCGGGCGCGAACGAGGAGCAACUCAGACAAGGCGUCCUGGCCAUCUCCGGUCAAGACGAGGUGGACGAGACGCUCUCCUGGGCGCACAUCCGGCAGCAGCUCGCGUACGACGCCUCGUCCAAGACGUGGGUGGAGCCAUCGAAGCUCAGCGAGGCGGCGCGGAUCGCGGGGUACACUGCGCUGCUGGACGAGGCGCGGCAGGACAUGGCGAAGGAGGCGAGCAAGGCGACGAAGGCGGAGAAGAAGCUGAGCAUCACACUGGGCGGCUACCAGGCGCGGUCGAAGGCGCUCACGAAGCGAAUCAUGGACGCGUUCCAGGAGAUGCAGCGGACGAAGGUGGACUGCGAGAGCUUCGUGCGGCUGCAGACGAACGAGAACGCGAUGGGCCCCGUGCGCGUGUCCGGACUGCAGGAGGAGGUGGAGAAGCUGGAGAGGAGGGAGCGGUUGCUGCAGGAGCGGUUGCUGCAGGAGCGGUAUGCGGAGCUCGAGACGGAGCGCAGGGAAUCGCAGGCUCGCAUGACUGCGCUGGAGGAGAGGAUGAUGGCAGAGGCGGAGGCGUUGAACGAGGCUGCUCUGGCGGAGAUGGAGGACGCGGCUGCGUAGGUGUGUGUAUACUAUGUUGUGUGUUUGUAUCAGCUUGCUCUACUAUCUACAUGGGCAACUACUUGUUGUCGGAUGGUUCUUUGCUCGCUGAAGCAGCGAGGGCAUUGCGCUGACACUACAACAUUGCAACAUCUUGCCUCUGGUACGCGUUGGGCGGUGCUCAGUUACACUCAACACUGAC